AUGUCAAUUCUCUACGAUUCCACGUCGUCAGCUGUCCAGAACAAACUUGAUGAAGUCGACAAGGACUCUUAUGCACUGACUGACCACAUUCUUUCCGGUCGUCAGUAUCCCGCCUUGAAACAAGUUACCUUUGACCUUCUCUCUCGGGUUCCGCGCAGCAAAGUGACGGAUGUGAUAUCCGAAGACUCCUUGGCGCAUCAGCUUUCAUUAAGGUUUCCCGUCCUGCAUGCCAGUGGACGGCUCGUGACAAUUCUGUCUGUUCAAGAGCGGCAUCCCCUCCGACGCGACACCGUCGAUCUUGGUCUCCGAAGCGGUGACGUCUAUGACUUCCUCGCGUCGAUUUCCGCGCGUCUCCGCCAUCUUUCCUGCCAUGAAGGUCACACGGAGAAGGCCUCGGAGCUGGUCGCUGUGUCCGUCGAGUCGCUCUCAUCCCUGCACGUCGGCCUUUUCCUUGCUGCUCUCGACUCAGGUGCAUCGCCAAGGCUGACGCGGACGUAUUGCGAGGUCAGCUUACGUCUUCUGGGUUACCUUCCAGCCUUUCCCAUUGAUCUUACGCCAGCUAUCAACCUACACAUCCUGUCGUUGGAUGUCGUCCUCCUCCAAGACUUGGCCAGAGCAGCGCAUGGUUUGUCCCGCGCGACUCUUCUCAACCUGAUUGAGGUCAGGUUUAGUUUGAGUUCAAUUACAAGCCUCAAAACUACCACGUCCCUCCAGGACGAGUUUGAGAAAAUCGACAAGGAUUCCUAUGCACAGAUUGACCAGACUCUGUCCGGGUGUCAACUUUAUCCUGCCCUGCAAAAGAUCGUCUUCCAGCUCCAGUUUCUGAUUUGCAGUAGUGUGAAGCCGAAUAGGAUCUCCGAGGACUCCCUCGCGCGUCAACUUUCGUCAGAAAUUCCUGCACUGCAUGCCAGUGGAUGGCUUGUGUGGGUAGAUCAUCGCAUACAUUGCACAAUGCCCAUGGCUCGAACCAGUGAGCGUACACCUAUGUAA